AUGAUGAAGGGAGUGAGAGAAGGGGUGGAAUUGACGAGGGUGUAUUAUAGAAUAAUGAGGGAGAUCAGAUGAAUGCUGAAGCAAAAUACUAACAACAGUAGUUAAAUAUUUCUUAUCCAGCCAACGGUACUCAAAAGAGUAUCGAUAUUGA